GCAUUUUACCUCUGCUCGUUACUUGCCCGACUCCACAUCAGCACAGAGUGCCGCAAUCUCACCAGGCCGCACGACCUCUGAAGACGCAAUAACCAUGUUCUUUAUCAAAGAACUGGAGAAGACCAUCCAGCUUCAUCCGUCCUACUUUGGCCCGCUCAUCCGCUCGCACAUACAUCGAGAGCUCCUGCUGAAAGAAGAGGGCUCGAGCACGGGAAAGUUCACAAUCGUCUGCAUAUUGGAUUCAUUCGACAUUUCCGAUGGACAAGUUAUUCCAGGCUCCGGCGCUGCCGAGUAUACCGUACAUUAUAAGGCAAUUGUGUGGAGGCCAUACAAAGGGGAGGUGAUGGACGGCGUGGUUACCUCAGUCAUCCGAGCCGGCUUCUUCGUCGAUUGUGGCUCUCUGCAGGCAUUUGUGGGACGCAACAUGAUUCCAUCCGACAUCAAAUUCGAUGCGAAUGCGACACCUCCGCAGUGGACUGAUAACGGAGACCAGAUCAUUGAGAAGGGCACCAAUAUCCGUAUCAAGAUCAAGGGUCUCCGGUCCGAGGUCGACAAAAUGUAUGCCAUUGGAACGAUGAAAGAGGACUAUCUUGGCCCUUUGCAGUCGUGAGGGUUGGCGUCUCAUCCAUGCACUUGGCAAGUGUGCUUCUCGAUCACAGAAUUGGAUCCUUAGAGCAAGUC